UAUAAGUAAACAAAACAUAUUGAUCCUUAUUAGGGUGGUAUUCUUAUUUUUAGCUACAGAAAAUGUUCUCCAAAUGCCAGAAAUGUUUUCUAAUAAACGCACUAGUUCUCUGCCUGACCAUUCACUACGUUCUGGACGUCAGUUGUGAAAAUGUAGGUCAAGAAAAGUCGACGCCCAAUCCUGCGAAGGCCAACGUCCAGCGCCACGCCCCGAACUUGACCCAGAAAGUUGAUCAGCUGCGCAAAAAGUUAAUUUUGUUACGACAAAAAGGAACGGAUUUAUUAAACGCGCAAACGGCUUUUGAGCUAAAUGUAGAGCAUGUCCCGGAGAACAGAACGGAGUUUUCAGGGGAGGUAAUCAACAGGACACGGACCAGACGAUAUACGUACGAGGACACACACAACUGGCCCAAUGAUGACUCACAGGAUUACGAUUUUGACGAAAACGGGGAAACAAAGGAGGUGCCUUUCUGGGUCAAGGUCUCGGACAACUGGCAAGUGGUGGGCUUCAGGAUGAUCUUCCUGCUCAGUGCCGUCUCCAUCCUGCUCAUGAUCUGCUGCUGCUGCUGUAAGAUCUGCUGCCGGAUGUGCUGCCAGUCCAUCAAAGACAGCAUCUUACCGUGUAGGGCCUUUUUGGACCUGCUUACUUCCUGUUACGAGGAUCCAAUGUACAAGAGGGCGAAAAAUCUGGCCGAACUGAUGGGACUAAAAUUAGACUACGCCACUUAUUUAAAGAUCAAGGCGAACCAUGAUGUGGGUGGGACUGGUACCUUUAACCCCCUGGGGCUGCCGUACAUGGCAUAG